AUGAGUGGCCCAUAUUCAACCAACACUUCCGACAGAAGAGAUGCUUCACCAUCGCUUGAAGGUCAACCAGACGGCUUCACAGAGCAUGAAGUUGACGACAAUCCAAAUCUUCCGCUUUUAAAUAGCCAUAGAAAUUCCUCUGCGACUCAUAGUGCCUUGUUGCCUCAAGGGAACAUGAUCGACGAUGAAGCGGCAAACAAGGUAUUGGCCAAGAUUGACAGAACCAUCAUUCCAUUACUGUUCAUAACCUACAUGCUGAAUUUUAUGGACAAGGUCAUUCUAUCCAGCGCCGCUGUUUUUGGGCUAAGAGAGGAUACCCAUCUCAAAGGCCAGCAAUACAGCUGGGUCGGCAGUGUCUUUUACCUAGGCUAUCUCCUCUGGACAUACCCAACAACUGUUCUCGUUGCACGUUUUCCGACCGGGAAAUAUCUCACAAUAAACACACUAUUUUGGGGCUUGGUUGUUGCAUUCACUGCGGCGUGCCAUAACUUUGGCGGCCUUUUGGUCAUGCGGUUUCUUCUGGGCGUCGCAGAGGCCACGAUAACGCCUGGUUUCAUGUUCCUGACUUCAACUUGGUAUACUCGGGAUGAGAUGCCGACUCGUGUUGGAAUCUGGUUUUCUGGGAAUUCUGUUGGUGGCUUGUUAGCCAGUUUGCUUGCCUUUGCAGUUGGGCAUGUCGAUGGAACAUCCAUGCGACCUUGGAGAUGGAUGUACAUCAUCUUGGGCACCGUGACCUUUCUGUGGGCAAUACCUUUGUUUCUCUUUCUUCCGGAUGCAAUCUCUAAAGCUGCUUUCCUCACACCAACGGAGACAAAAAUUGCGGCUCAGCGCGUGGUGUCUUCCGGCACUGGUACGACUGAGCAUACGAAUUGGAAAUGGGAUCAGGUUCGCGAGUGCUUGGUUGACCCCAAAUCUUGGUUCAUCGUGGGUAUCGAGUUACUCACGCAGAUUCCAAACGGCGGAUCACAAAGCUUCGCGAAUAUUGUGGUCGAAUCUUUCGGCUUCACAAAUCUGCAAUCCACACUCAUUAACAUACCUUACUCGCUUCUGUCAGCAGGUAUCAUAUCAGGAAGCGGAUACUUGGCUGGCCGGUUUCGCACACUAAACUGCCUUUUGAUCGUCAGUGUUAUUAUGCCAUGUGUCAUUGGCAGUGCAAUCAUCUACAAACGAGACAAUGUGCCUCACGGCUUCCAUCUUUUUGCCUACUUCCUCCUCUCGAGUGGAUCUGCAGCAAUGCCUCUCAACAUGGCCCUCGUACAAUCGAAUUAUAGAGGGGUCACCAAGAAAAUGACCAUAACAGCCAUGCUGUUCAUCACGUAUUGUGUUGGAAACAUGGCUGGGCCACACUUUUUCCUCAAGUCUGAGGACCCACUAUACGAGACUGCUUUCAAGGCUAUCACUAUCUGCUACAGCUUGGCUACAGUCUGUGCUAUAUGUUUAAGAGCCUAUCUCAAAGGGCUGAAUGAAAGACGAACAAGAGAAGAGGGAAUCGUCGGAAGUGCUGGCUCAGGGGGCGUUGUACGAGGGGACGUUCAGGGCCAUGGAGAUGCCUCAGACCCUGAAUCAGAUGAUGUGACGGACUGGCAAGUCGUUGGAUUUAGAUAUAGACUUUGA